UAUAAUAUAAAUAUAUAUGAUUGCAUGUCUCACACUUCCAACUAAACUCUUCGACCCUUAUUUCUUGAAUCUCCACAAGGAGACAAAACAACACCAAUAUUUGAGUUUGGUAAGAAAGGAGAAUGAAGAGUUUUGCAGCUAAGAUUGAAGAAGGAAAAGAAGGUAGAAAUGGCAUGCCUUGUGUUGGUCCUCUUUACCGCAACCUCCUCUCCAAAAAUGAAUUCCCUCCAAUGGAUCCUCAUUUCAACACUUCUUGGGAUAUUUUCAGUAUGUCUGUAAAAAAUCAUUCUCAAAACCGGAUGUUGGGAUGGCGUAAAGUUGUUGAUGGAAAGUUAGGACCAUAUGUAUGGAAGACAUACAAGGAAGCUUAUGAAGAAGUUAUGCAAAUUGGUUCUGCUUUAAGAGCAUCUGGUGCUGAAUCUGGAUCUAAAAUUGGAGUUUAUGGAUCUAAUUGCCCACAAUGGAUUGUAGCAAUGGAGGCUUGUUGUGCACAAAGCUUCAUUUGUGUGCCUCUUUAUGACACCCUUGGGGCUGGUGCUGUAAAUUUUAUCCUAGAUCACGCAGAAAUAGAUUUUGUUUUUGUUCAAGAUAAGAAGUUUAAAGAGCUUCUAAAUUCUGACUGCAAAUCCUCUAAGAGACUGAAAGCCAUAGUGGGAUUCACUUCAUUAAAUGAGGAAGAGAAAGAUGUGGCCACCAACAUUGGAGUUAAGGCAUAUUCAUGGGAUGAAUUUUUACACAUGGGAAAAGAAAAGCCAUCAAGUAUUUGUCCUCCUCUGGCUCAUGAUAUAUGCACAAUAAUGUAUACAAGUGGGACAAGUGGAGAUCCUAAAGGUGUUGUUUUAACGCACGAAAACGUAGUGGCUUUAGUUAGAGGGUUGGAUAUUUUCUUGGAACAAUUUGAGGACAAGAUGACUGUGGAAGAUGUGUAUUUAUCUUUCCUCCCUUUAGCUCACAUACUUGAUCGAACAAUUGAGGAGUACUUUUUCCGUAGGGGUGCAUCUGUUGGCUACUAUCAUGGGGAUCUGAACGCGUUGCUGGAAGAUUUAAAUGAGUUAAAGCCAACACUAUUUGCUGGUGUCCCACGGGUUUUUGAAAAAGUGUAUGAAGGUAUCACGAAAGCAGUGGCCCAACUAAAUCCAGUGAGGAGAACAGUUUUUGGCAUGCUCUACAACUACAAACUUGGUUGGUUGAAGAAAGGAUACAAACAGAAAAAUGCAUCACGUUUAGCAGAUCUACUAGCCUUCAGAAAGGUAAAAGCAAGGCUAGGUGGACGUGUUAGACUGAUAAUAUCUGGAGGUGCAGCCUUAAGCUCUGAGAUAGAAGAAUUCUUGCGUGUCACUACUUGUGCCUUUGUAUGCCAAGGCUAUGGUUUGACAGAAACAUGUGGACCUACCACUCUCACAUUUCCCGAUGAAAUGUGCAUGCUAGGCACUGUUGGUGCUGUAUCUGUAUAUAAUGAAUUGCAGUUAGAAGAAGUUUCAGAAAUGGGUUACAAUCCUCUUGCAACUCCUCCUUGUGGUGAGAUUUGUAUCAGAGGGAAAACUGUUUUUACUGGUUACUAUAAAAAUCCUGAGUUAACUAAAGAAACUAUUAGAGAUGGAUGGUUUCACACAGGGGACAUAGGAGAGAUGCUUCCUAAUGGUGUUGUUAAGAUUAUUGAUAGGAAGAAGAAUCUUAUUAAACUUUCUCAAGGAGAGUAUAUAGCACUUGAGUAUUUGGAAAAUGUUUAUGGAAUCACUCCAAUAGUUGAAGAUAUUUGGGUAUAUGGGAAUAGCUUCAAGUCAUUGCUGGUAGCAGUAGUUGUUCCAAAUGAAGAAGUUACUAAUAAGUGGGCUUAUGCAAAUGGUCACAUUGAUUCUUUCUCCAAACUCUGUACUCUUGACCAAUUGAAGAAAUUUGUUCUAUCUGAGCUCAAGGCUACAGCUGAGAGAAACAAGCUGAAGGGAUUUGAACAUAUCAAAGGGGUCAUAUUAGACCCGCUUCCAUUUGACAUGGAAAGAGACUUGGUGACUGCAACAUUAAAAAAGAAAAGGAACAAUAUGCUCAAGUACUAUAAGGUGGAGAUAGAUGAACUAUACCAAAAUUUGACUGGAGAUAAGCUUAAGCGUUGAGGUUUCUAGACACUAUAUGCAUAUUUAAUAGUCCUUUGUAUCAGCAAUUAUAGUUCCUAAACCCUCACUCACAUACUCAUAGUAUUAGCUAAUGCUAUAAUUUGUGGUGUGAUGUGUCUAGUAUUAUAUACGCAACAAUCAAGUUGCUUAAGUAUUGUACCUAAUUGUGAAAGUGUGCACACGAGAAGAAUAUAAUACAUUUUGCUUGGAGAAAGAAAGUGUUUGAAUUUGUUGAAUAUAUUCACAUGCAUGAGAUGUGUUUUACUUUUAA